ACCACAGAGUCUGAAGUUUUAGCUUCGCAAAACAUGGCUGCCACUAAGCUCUUGCUGACCGACCUUGCUUUAACUGUGAACCAUGUUCCUUCAAACUAUGUCCGACCCUUCUCCGACCGGCCAAAUCUCUCUGACGUACAGAUUUCAGAGGGCUCCAUUCCUCUCAUCGAUCUCCAGGACUUAAACGGCCCCAAUCACUCUGAUAUUAUCGAACAGAUUGGCCAGGCAUGCCAACAUGACGGUUUCUUUCAGGUUAAAAACCAUGGGAUACCAGAGGCAAUAAUCAGUAAUAUCAUGCGUAUUGCAAGAGAGUUUUUCAGAUUACCAGAGAGCGAGAGGUUGAAGAAUUACUCAGACGACCCUUCCAAGACCACCAGACUUUCCACUAGUUUCAAUGUCAAGACAGAAAAAGUUUCAAACUGGAGGGAUUUCUUACGACUCCAUUGCUUCCCUCUCGAGGAUUAUGUGCACGAAUGGCCUUCAAACCCUCCAUCCUUUAGGGCGGAUGUGGCUGAGUACUGUAGCAGUGUUAGAGGUUUGGUGCUGAGACUCCUCGGGGCCAUAUCCGAGAGCUUAGGCCUCAAAAGAGACUACAUCGAAAAGGUUCUGGGCAAGCAAGCUCAACAUAUGGCGUUGAAUUACUAUCCACCCUGUCCGCAGCCAGAGCUUACAUAUGGAUUGCCCGGCCAUACUGACCCCAAUUUAAUCACAAUUCUUCUUCAAGAUGAUGUGCCUGGAUUGCAGGUCUUAAGAAAUGGCAAGUGGGUUGCCGUCAAUCCUAUUCCGAAUACCUUCAUUGUCAACAUUGGGGAUCAAAUGCAGGUUAUUAGCAAUGAUCGACACAAGAGUGUGCUCCAUCGAGCCGUUGUGAACAGCAGCAAGGAGAGAAUAUCCAUUCCAACAUUCUACUGUCCAUCCCCAGAUGCUGUAAUAGGACCUGCUAAGGAGCUGAUCAACGAUGAUCAGCCAGCAGUCUAUAGAGACUUUACUUAUGGGGAGUACUAUGAAAAAUUUUGGAAGAGAGGGCUUGCAUCCGAAUGCUGCUUAGACAUGUUCAAAGCUGUAUAGUGCUCUCAAGCCAUUAUAUUAAUUAUGAUCAACCUACCUAGCUAUGUACCUGUUCUGAAGAUGUCUUGUACCAUUUGGCUCUCUCUUCCUGGACUAAAUCAUGUGCCAUUCAGCUUACACCAUGCUACGUGCGUAUUCAUGUGCGUCAUGUAGCACGAUAAAGGUGGGUGCGUGCAUGUGUCUGGCUGUACAUGCCAUAUCAACUAUCAGGCAUGUCCUUGCCGACUUUGAAACCAUUGAGCACGGACUGUUAGCUGAGCAGAGACAGACAGCUUGAACCAGAGGAUCUUUGGCAUGAUAAUUUGUAGGAUCAGAGUGAAAUCAUUUAUUUAGUUUUAUGACUUAGAAUCCCAGCUACGUAAGCAGAUGUAUGUCGGCAUUUCUGGGCUGCAAAAUAUUGUAUUUAUUUCUUCUUAUGAAGGAUAUUCUAUCGACCGAACUUUUUCAGCAAGUAUA